UAAAAUUCUAAAAAAAAAUAUUAUAAUCAUUUGCAGCACACGAAUUAUUAUCGUCGAUUAUGGGUUUUGUAUAAAUUGCUGAUAUUUCCACGGAAACAACAUCAGUUUAUUUCCAAAUUUUUGAGAAGUAAGAUCUUCAAACAGUUCGCCAUGGAUUUCCAAACCGCCACCCAAAAAGCCAAAUCCUUCACCAAGACUCCCCCAAAUGAUGUCUUCUUGGAAUUCUACGGUCUCUUCAAACAAGCCACCGUUGGUGAUUGCAACGUUGACAAGCCCAGCGCCAUUGACGUUAAGGGUUCAGCGAAAUGGAAUGCCUGGAACGCCAACAAGGGUAUGAGCCAAGAUGCCGCCAAGGCUGCCUACAUUGCUGCCUAUGAGAAAUAUGCUCCUCAAUAUGCUUAAAUCACGUUUACUCACCCGAAACUACCCGUCCGCUUUUCUUCUAAAUUAUUUAUUUUUUGUUAAUAAAUUGUCAUAAAAAAUUGCAAAAAA